AUGGAGGAAAUGGAGGUGGAAAAUCGGAAAGAUAUACGAAUAAUUUGUCCUAAUAACGGUGGUAUUGAGUCGGUAUGUUUUGUUGGAGAUCAUAUUCUUUACUUUAUGCGGCGAGUGCAAAUAUGUCCGUCGCCGCUGUGGUCUUCAUGUGCCAUUAACUCGACUCAUGCUGCCCUAGUAUCUCAUUCUGCUGCUUUAUAUGUAUUUAGCCUUGAAGAAUCGGCCGCAGUAUCAAAUCUUACUCUGGGAAUUGAUCAACGACUAUUUUCUGUCUGUAGCAGGAAGGAUAUUGCCGUCGGUGCUAUGGAUAGUGUCUAUGUUGUCAAAAAUAAUGCGGUUGCACAUAAGUUGGUGGUUCCAAGAAAGGAGAAACGCCUUCCCACGAUUGUGUGGAGCUGUUGUUUUUUCAACGACGUCGUUCUAGCUUGUGGCGAUUCUCGUGGUGUUGUGUCAUUCUGGAAUUCUCAAAAUGGAGCACUUUUGAAUGUGGCAAGUCAUCAGUCCGAAAUUCUUUGCUUGGUUCUAUGUGAAGGUCGCAUUCAUGCUGCUGGUGUUGAUCCUAGAAUAAUAAGAAAUGAUUUCCGCAUUGUACAGCAGCGCAAUGGACCCAUGAGAGAUGUCCGAGCAAUGGUUUAUGCUGCAGGGGAAGAUCAUGAAAUAUUUGUUGCGAAGAGUGGCUGUCAAGUUCUUGCAACCCAAAACCAUUACUUGACAUUCAGAAGCUCCUGUGUCUUGGAGGCUCAUUGGCAAUGUGUCGAGGGUACAAUUUCGUGGAUAUUUGGACGUGUGGAGCAGGCGAGCACACAACAUCUUCGGUCAUUUAAUGAGAUUUUAGAUGGAUGUGGCGGGGUUACUCAGCUUGCUGUGUCACCAUGUGGACGUUUUGUAGCAGUUCUAACCACAAGAUUGCAAGUUUUUGUUAUCGACAUCAAAACGAGUAAGUUUUUCUGCGAAUUGUAA